CGGGAGCAACAUGGCAGCAUCCGUGAGGCGCUAGCUUUAGGAAAAGAGAGGGUUUGGUGUCGCUGUCUUGCGGGAUUUUGACAGGAGCAGAGUCCUGAGCGCUGACCAGCAUGAGCAACAUUUACAUCCAGGAGCCUCCCACGAACGGGAAGGUUUUAUUGAAAACUACAGCUGGAGAUAUUGACAUAGAGUUGUGGUCAAAAGAAGCUCCUAAAGCUUGCAGAAAUUUCAUUCAGCUUUGUUUGGAAGCAUAUUAUGACAACACCAUAUUUCAUAGAGUUGUACCUGGUUUUAUAGUCCAAGGGGGAGAUCCUACUGGUACAGGGACUGGUGGAGAGUCUAUCUAUGGAGCCCCAUUCAAGGAUGAAUUCCACUCACGGUUGCGUUUUAAUCGGAGAGGACUGGUUGCCCUGGCAAAUGCUGGUCCUCAUGAUAAUGGCAGUCAGUUUUUCUUUACGCUGGGUCGAGCAGAUGAACUUAACAAUAAGCACACCAUCUUUGGAAAGGUUACAGGGGAUACAGUAUAUAACAUGCUGCGACUGACAGAAGUAGACAUUGAUGAUGAAGAAAGACCACGUAAUCCACACAAAAUAAAAUGUUGUGAGGUUUUGUUUAAUCCUUUUGAUGACAUCAUUCCAAGAGAAAUAAAAAAGCCAAAAAAAGAGAAACCAGAGGAGGAAAUAAAGAAAUUGAAACCCAGAGGCACAAAAAAUUUUAGUUUACUUUCAUUUGGAGAGGAAGCUGAGGAAGAAGAGGAGGAAGUAAAUCGAGUUAGUCAGAGCAUGAAGGGAAAAAGCAAAAGUAGUCAUGACUUGCUUAAGGAUGAUCCACAUCUCAGCUCUGUUCCAGCUGUUGAAAGUGAAAAAGGGGAUGCAGCAGGAGAUUCAGAUGAUGAUGGAGAAUAUGGAAGUGCAGAGCAUGAAGAAUAUGUUGAUGGUGAUGAAAAGGACCUGAUGAGAGAAAGAAUUGCAAAAAAGUUAAAAAAGGGCACAAGUGCAAAUGUUAAGACAGCUGGAGAGAGUGAAGUGGAGAAGAAAUCAGUUAGCCGCAGGGAAGAGCUCAGAAAAGAAGCAAGACAAUUAAAGCGGGAACUCUUAGCAGCAAAACAAAAGAAAGUGGAAAAUGCAGCAAAACAAGCAGAACAAAGAAGUGAAGAGGAAGAGGCUGCUCCAGAUGGUGCUGUUGCAGAAUACAGACGAGAAAAGCAAAAGUAUGAAGCUUUGAGGAAGCAGCAGGCAAAGAAGGGAACUUCCCGUGAAGACCAGACCCUUGCGCUGCUGAACCAGUUUAAAUCUAAACUCACUCAAGCAAUUGCUGAAACUCCUGAAAAUGACAUUUCUGAAACAGAAGUAGAAGAUGAUGAAGGAUGGAUGUCGCAUGUACUUCAGUUUGAGGAUAAAAGCAGAAAAGUGAAAGAUGCAAGCAUGCAAGAUUCAGACACGUUUGAAAUCUAUGAUCCUCGGAAUCCAGUGAAUAAAAGAAGAAGGGAAGAAAGCAAAAAGCUGAUGAGAGAGAAAAAAGAAAGAAGAUAAAAUGAGAGUAAUGAUAAACCAGAACUAGCUGGAAAUGUGCCUGCGAUAAAUGGCCUUGAAACAGCCAUUGUUCCCAACAGCAUCACUUAAGGGUGUGAAAAGAAGCAUUUUUGAACUUGUUGUCUGGUUUUGAAAAACAAUUAUCAUCUUGUUAUGUAAAUUGUGGAAUGAUGUAAGCAAAUGCUUUUGGUUACUGGUACAUGUUUUUUUUCCCCUAGUUGAGCUUUUAUAUUGCUAAACCUGAAAUAAAGUCACUUUCCUUCUAGUUUACAUGUUAACCAUUUGCAGAAUGUACAAAUCUGUUUGUAUCUUUUUACCCUAAAAUAUGUGAAGGCUUCCUUUUCAAGAUUUUUUAUAAGACAUCUUUACAGAAAGAAUAUUUAAGGGAAACCUCUUUGGCAUUCUGUUACCGCAGCACUAACUUUGAAAUAUGAUUUUUAAAUUAUGUAAUAUAAAGAUUGAUGGGUUUGUUUUGCAUAUAAAUAUCUAAAAAUAGCCCAAUCAGUAAGACUCAAUAGCCUUAAAUCUUAAGGAACCCCUAAGUGAAUGUUCACGCCUGCGUCUAGGCCAAUGCCUGGGUUUAACUGAUGCAGUCAAGACAAUAACGCUAAGUAAUGUCAGCCAAUUAUUGCACACCCUGGCCUGACCCCAGGCUACCUGCUCCCUCCUCUGCCCUUCUCAGCACAGCAACGGCAGGAGCACAUGCAGAGGUCCCAUCCUGGCAAUAGAACUCAUUAAGAAUUUAGCCUUUUAUGACAAUCAGUCAUGCUGGUUAUUUACUAUAUAUUAUCUAUCUGUACUAUUUAGUCAGUGUUUUCUAGAAUCUGAAUGCCAAGAUUAUACCACAGGUUAACUUCCAGUUACCUAGUAAAACCUCACCAGACUAAUGAAUCUGAAACUUUGAUCAUAGAGGGCUUGUUGAACAGACUGCUGGCUUCACUGCUGGUGAUCCAAUCUUUGGAGACUGGCAAUAUCUAGUGAAGUUAAAAAUGUUCAUAUCCAGUGAUCCAAAAUUUCUAAUCCUAGGUCUGUUGCCUAAAGAAAUUCUCACACAUUGCUCAAGGGGAUCUGUACUAAAUAUACGUUGAAGCAUCAACCAAAGAGUGGAUAAAUAAGUUAUUAUACAUCCAUGCUAUGGAAUACUUUGUAAGCGGUGAAGAUUAAUAAACCAGAGUUGUAUGUAUUAGUUUAUCUUAAAAAUAAUGUGAGGAAUAGGCAACCUCCUAUAUAAAAAUUUAAAACACACAACUCACCAUUGUAUAUUGUUUAUGGAUGUAUACAUGUAGCAAAAGUAUAAAAACAUAAAAACUAGUGGUUACCUCUGAGGAGGCAGAAGGAAUACACAGGGGACUUCACUUGUGUUUGUAAUUGUUUUAUUUCUUAAGAUAGAUGUUGGGUAGUCAAGCCUCAUUAUAUUAUUCUCUUUACAUUUUGGUAUGCCUGAAAUAUUUCAUAAUUUGUUCUUUAUGAUCAUAUCUAGAACCUGAGGUGAGAAGAUAGAAGGACACCCCCUUUCUUUUUUGCUUCAGAAGUAGGAGAAAGUUCCAAAGAGGAAGAGAGGGAUAUGAUAAAGGUGUUCUGGGGAACAGAUGCUAAGCCACCAAAAAAUAAGCCAGUGUUUGGAAAUGUGCCCUAUCUUUCCCUCACCGCUGCCAUAUCAAUUGUAUUACAGAUGUUCACAAAGCAAAAUGUUGUUUUCUAAACUCACAAAGUCUCUGUUGGUGUUACGAAAAGUAUUACCACUAGAUCUAUUUGUAUUGAAGUACCCCAUAGGUUUCUCUACCAUUCCUCCAAGACUGUGUCCACCUAAAACAGUGUGGUUUUAUCCCUAAAACAGAGGGAACCACAGGCCUCUAGGGCACAACCAGAAGACUAGUAUUUACAGGUUUAAAAAGAUAACUGAAUGACAAAAUGAAAACAGGUUGGCUGAAUGCUCCUCAUCCUGCUUUAAACUGCAAGGAGCAGAAAGAUGUGAAAUUCUACAGAGAUUAGCAUCUUACCAGAAUUCCACCAUGAUAAUAAAAGUCAUUUUGAAUUUAACUGAAUAAUAGCAAUAACAAUUUUUUAAAAGCUUAACGUGGUUAAAUUAUCUGUCAUACAUAGUAUUAAAUGUGCUUAUAGUAAAAUCUUUGGAAAUGUCACAGGAACGUUUUUGGGCCAUGUGAAUUGCAAAAAAGAAAUAAAAUGAGUUCAAAGACCAAAAAAAGAGAAAACAUGUAAGAAAAUUAGCCUGUAUAGUUCAUUCUAAUUUUAUAUUUAUUUGGAUUUAUUUUUCUCUAUGUACUUGCCCUAGGGAUGUUAUCCUGAAACAGUGAAGUCCGGUAGCCUUCUCCUUUGUUAUCUGUGGUGAUGCUGGGCAUUGUGGAGAACAGAGAGAAAAGCAACUCCUGGCAAUUUUUUUUUCUCAUUUUCUGACAAGCCAUUUUUUCACUUUGGUUGAAGCUGUCAGCGAGGUGAAAGUUAAAAUUAACUCUAGACCUCUCCUUUCUCAAUAGGUAAUUGAAGAAAUGCAGAGCGCUCUAGAAUUUUUAAUGGUAUAAUAUCAAAACACACAUUAUCACAUGCCCUCAGCUCUCUGUAUGCUCUGUGGCCACGCAGUCAGUAAUGCAUCUGCUGCAUCUAAAAAUGGGGACACCAUAGAAAAAGGUCAUUAAAAAGUGUGAGGAGAUGAGUGGUUUGCUGCUGUUGUUUUUAGAACAAGUUCAAUAAGCUAUGGUGUCCUUAUCAAACUGUCACUACCAAGUCUCUUGAUAGGAUCUGACGUGUGAGGUACAUAAACCUGUGCUGUUGUAUCACUGUGGCCUGAAUGGAAAAGGUUAGAUAAAUGCAGAAUAUUGCCCCAACAUGCUGUUUAAUCUUGGCGAUAACAAGAAAGAAAAUGGAUGUGUGAAGUGAGUUACCAUUGAGGGUUGUAUCAGUAUAAGCAAUUUGUAUGUACGGGGUGUAGAGAAGUUAAGAGGGGUUACAUUCUUUAACACCGUCAUUCACAAAAAAAAAAAAAAAAAAAGCAGGUCUGGUUUCUCUAUGGCUUUGACUCCUUUCCAGUGACUCUAUACAGUUUAUCAUGGGGUACCACUUCUGCUUACUGGAAACCAGGAGGUUUUCCUUUCGCACAUAUAUUUUAUCUCCUUCCUUUUAGCUUUUAAUGAAGAGAGGUGAAACAGGAGCCAUAUUUUAGAGAAAUCCUUUCUAAUAAGGAUUCGAUGAAAUCUGAAUUCCUAGAGAAAUAAAACACCAAAUCUUACUAAGAUGGGUAUUAGAAGUCCCCUGCUUGUAGAAAGAAUACUCAUCUAUUCCCCCAAAUCUUCCUUGACAAAGCUAUAUAUACUCGAACAUCUUUGUCACAGAUGCUAAGGGUCGUGCUAAUCCCUGUGCAGAGUUUUCAGUGGUGCACAGCUAAAUUGGCUCCCUAAAAAAACAGAAAGCAAGAAAAGCCCUGAUUUGCAUCAUUUGCUGACUUCUGUGGUGUAAAUACUCUCACCAUGGCUGAUUUCAAGCCACCAAAGGUAGCUCCAGGAUACAACUGGUUAUUUUUCCCAUUCUGUUUCAUUGCUAGCUAAAAGCUUAUGUAGUAACUCUUGCACUGGCACUAAAGAACUCACAAAGGUUUUUAACCUUUUUCCAAGAUGAUAACCUUCAAGAGUAUUUCUCUUUUAUGUGAUUACUUCAGACAAUUUGGUGAAGUUCUAAAUUGUAGCAACAUCUGCACCCUAUGCUUUUUAUGACUAGUCUGUACCUUUAGAUUCUCUGUUGAGGGAGUUUUCCAAAGUCACUUGGCUCACAUUUAUUUUUCCCUCUGCUCAUCUUUUUGCCUCAGUUUAGUCCAAAUCUCACAGAAAAAAAAAAGAGGGGGGAGAAAGGAAGGAAAUGUAAUUAUCGUUAUUUGAAUUAUUCUCUGUAAGUGAUAAUGUACAAAUCCAUCAUUUAUAUUUUUUUGGAAGAUAUUUUGGGUUAGGGAUGGAGAAUCCUACCUGGAGGGAAGACUGGCUUCUAAGUGAAAUGCAGACAGGAAUCUGGUCUCUCUCUUCCACAUCUGCUGGGGAUUAUUCCUUUAAGUUUAGAUCAUGAUAUUAAUUCAUGUUACUUGAUCAGCAACAACAUCUUCGGGAGGCUUUCUGCACAGCACCAGUCAAAAGGAAGGUGUUCUUUCUCUUUUAGAAAAUUGUUAUUUUCUCAUUCCAUGAUGCCAGAAAUGAUAAUCAUUGCUGCAGUUCAGAACUUUUUAAUAAUCAGGAUAAUUUUGAGAGCAGAAAACUCUUAAGUGACUUUCCCAUUUAUUUUCUGACUAAUCUAGUUGGAGCUUUAUUAUUCAAUUGUUUUAAUAACAAUAUAUUUGA